AUGCCUCGGCGUCGGAAGAGCAAGCGCCAGGGCCGCCAGACACAGCAGCAGGCCCAGGGUGAGACCCAGAGUCGUGGGCAUGCUCAGGCCACCGCAGCAGCAGCAGCAGCAGAGCCCACUCCCUCCUCGUUUCCUCAGUGUGAAGAUCUUCUCCAGAGUCUGCCUGAUGUUGAGCCACGUAGCACUGGCCAGCAGCCUCAGGAAGCACCACCUGGCGCCACGGCAUCUACUCACACUACAUCUGAUGAAGCUUCCGACGACGAAGAUCAGGAUAUGCCAAGGACUGCUGAGGUUCCACUCAAAACUGAAGGCUCACACAAAGGUUAUUUAGUCAGGAACGUUAUUGACCUGUUGGAGCACUUCCUUGUGCACAGGUAUAAACUGAAGCAGCCCAUGCUGAAGGAAGACAUGCUGAAGAUUAUUGGUGAAGAGUAUGAAUACCAAUUUCCUGAGAUCCUCAAGAAAACUGCUAAGCGCAUUGAGAGCCUCUUUGCUGUUGACUUGAAGGAAGGUGACUCACCCAGACGAUCGUAUGACUUGGUCAGCAAAUUGAAGCUCCCCAACAAUGGGAGGGUGCGUCCUGGCAGGGGCUUUCCAAAGACUGGUCUCGUGAUGCGUGUUCUAGGUAUCAUCCUCUUGCAGGACAACUGUGCUACUGAGGAAGACAUGUGGAAACACCUGAGGGGGAUGAGUAUAUAUCCUGGGAGGAGGCACUUCUUCUACGGGGAACCCAGGAAGCUCAUCACCCAAACUUUGGUGAGACUCAAGUACCUGGAGUGCCGCCAGGUGCCUGGCAGUGAUCCCCCUCGCUGUGAGUUUCUGUGGGGCCCCAAAGCCCACGCUGAAACCAGCAGGAUGAAAAUCCUGGAAUUUAUAGCGAACACCGAGAAAGAAAUUCCCAGUGCCUUCCCAUCCUUUUGUGAAGAAGCUGUGCAAGAUGAGGAAGAAAAAGCCCAAGUCAGAGCUGCAGCCAACCUUGGCACCACUGGCCAUGCCCAGAAGGGUCUCCCCACCUCUACUGAAGUCUGA